CAUGAGAACAUCUGAACUUGCUUGGGACUGUGACCACCAGUUAAAUAAGUCUUUGGAUUUUCAGAUUUUUACUGCUUGGGUUUACAUUAGGGUAGCUUUACAAAUGAGUCUACUGUAAUGGCAGUCGAUGACAGCAAUUUAUACUCUAGAACUAAGAGUAAACUGAAUUCAUAUCAGAAUGAUUAUAAAUCAGUCAGACGGAGUAGCUUACCACCAGACCUCCUCCCGGGAAAUGACCUUAAAGGAAGGUUUCAAAGAAAUAUUAAGAAUUUAGAGCCUAUACACCCCAGACGUCCUAAGAAAAGACCUUCUCUUUUCCGAGCUUCUCCAGUUGGUAACGGAUACAUCAAACCAACAGUUCCACCCGUUUCUGGCACACAAAGGGAAAAGGGACCUCCAGCCAUGUUGCCCAUCAAUGUUGACCCAGACAGUAAACCAGGCGAAUAUGUCCUGAAGAGCUUGUUUGUUAAUUUUACAACACAGGCUGAGCGCAAGAUUCGCAUCAUCAUGGCAGAGCCCCUUGAAAAGCCGCUGACCAAAUCUCUGCAACGAGGAGAAGAUCCCCAGUUUGAUCAA